AUGGCCAGGUGUCAACUGCAGCCGCAGCUUGAUGAGAGGAGCCUCCAGCCUAGCACCUCGGGGUACUCCCUCCUGGAGGUGAUAGAUGAUGAAGUGCCAGGACCAUCAGGGUCAAAGGUGAUCAAUUGCAGGCACAUUAAUUACACGGUGGCCUGCUUUCUUUACUCAGUCCCUUGGGUAGAUCCCGGCACCCCGAGUAAGUUCCUUUGCUGGAACAGGAAGAGGGAGUGGUCGGACCAAUCUGAGGAGCCGCCCAAGGAGGAGGCAGAGAAGGAGCGCGCCCCUGAGCCUGAGGAGACCUGGGUGCUAGACACCCUGUGUGGGCUCAAGAUGAAGCUAAAGCGACAGCGAGUGUCACCCGUGCUCCCUGAGCACUACAAGACCUUCAACACGCUGCUUGCUCCUUGGGUAGAUCCUAGUACGCCUAAUAUCCUUUGCUGUAAAAGGAAGAGGGAGUGGUCAGACGAAUCUGAGGAGCCGCCCAAGGAGGAGGCAGAGAAGGAGCGCGCCCCUGAGCCUGAGGAGACCUGUGUGCUGGACACCCUGUGUGGGCUCAAGAUGAAGCUAAAGCGACGGCGAGUGUCACCCGCGCUCCCUAAGAACUACGAGGCCUUCAACACGCUGCUUGUGGGUGAGCUCUCCAUGUGGGAGGACUCAGAGGAUUCAAAGCAUCUCUCCUGA